AUGAUAAACCCACACGUUCAGGAGAACUUACAAGCUAUUCAGAACACGCUGAGCAACUACGACACAUCGUUCUUGUCUGAGGAUGAGGAGGAUUACUGCCCGCUAUGUAUCGAGCCGAUGGAUAUCACGGAUAAGAACUUCUUCCCAUGUCCCUGUGGCUACCAGAUCUGCCAGUUCUGCUACAACAACAUCAGACAGAACCCCGAGCUGAACGGUAGGUGUCCUGCGUGCCGUCGUAAGUUCGACGACGAGUCCGUACGAUACGUGGUGCUCACACCGGAAGAGCUGAAGAUGGAGAGGGCCAAGCUGGCCAGGAAGGAGAAAGAGAGGAAGCAGAGGGAGAAGGAGAAGAAGGAGUACGAGCAGAAUAACAGGAAGCAUCUAGCAGGCACCAGGGUGAUCCAGAAGAACUUGGUGUAUGUGAUCGGUGUGAAUCCACCAGUGCCACCCGAGGAAGUCGCCGCAACGUUGAAGUCCGACAAGUACUUUGGACAAUACGGUAAGAUCAACAAGAUUGUGGUGAACAGGAAAGCUCCUCACGGUGGAAGCAACAACGACCAUUACCACCACCAUGCUCCAGGCUACGGUGUCUACAUAACUUUCUCCUCCAAGGAUGAUGCUGCCAGAUGUAUCGCACAAGUUGACGGUACAUACAUGGAUGGUCGCUUGAUCAAAGCUGCAUACGGUACUACAAAGUACUGCUCUUCAUACUUGAAAGGUAUGGUAUGUCCAAAUCCUAACUGUAUGUUUUUGCAUGAACCAGGUGAAGAAGUGGACGCUUCCAACAAAAGAGAACUAUCCAAACCUCAAUUACAUACUCAGAACUCUAUGAAUUCUGGUAGUUUCAGAAACGGUAGUGAGUUUGGUUCUGCUGCUGCGUCCCCACUUCCACUGAAGGCUCACUUAAACAGUGCCACUUCAUCCGUGGCUGCGAACAAUGACUCCUCCGCCUCUACACCUGUCCUAACUCCAGCACCAGCUCCACCAAGUACUUCCAAUCCUUGGGGUAUUAGUCAAACAGCAUCUGCAAUUGCAAAUAUCAACUUAUCAAAACCUAACAGCUCCAUCAACCUACCAACAUUAAACGAUAACGUUACACAAGAUAAUGACAAUAAUAAUGAAGUGCCAAGCAAACCAAAACCUGUAAGUAAUACCAACACAUCCAGCAGCAAGAAGAAGAACUCAUCCAAGGAAUACGUUGAUCCAUACGAUGCAUUGAAUGGUUGUAUUACUUUUAUGAACGAGAGAUUCAAGAGCUUGUCAAAUUACCAAAACAAGACUUUCUCAUUGAGGUCUGAUGCCAUUGACCAAGAAACACUGAAAUCUUACCCACCUUUAUUUACCGCAAGCAAUAUCAAGAUCAGUGAAACCAGUGAGAACAUCCUAACACAAAAGCUAGUGGAGAUUUUGGCCAUCAAGCCUACAGAUUACUCUCAGUCUGUUAUUCAAUUCUUACAAAGUGUGAGUGCAAGCCAACCCGAACUGAUUAAUUUGCCUAGUGUCCAAAGUUUCACCAGUGCCAACAACGCCCAAGCUACACAAACACCAAUCAACAACCCAAUCAACCCUAACCUUGCCCAGCUAGGUAAUGGUGGUGUUAUGGGCCCAGGCACUCCUGGCCCACAGAACGUAAUGCUACAGGCAAUGCAGCCACCACAACAAAUGCAAGCACAACCACCACAGCAAAUGCAACAGAUGCCAAUGAACAUGGGUGGUAACGCCAACGGUAUGUUUGUGUCCCCACAAGAACUUGCCCAGAAACAAGCUCAACCGCAAAUGGCACAGAUGCAGUCUAAUAACGUUGGCUCUAACGACCUCCUAAACCAACUAAUCAGUGGUAAGAGGCUCGCCGCUGCCAAUUAG